AUGGUUGAAGCUUCCGAUCCGAUUGUCCGAUCCACCCUGCAGGCGGCCGUGUUGGCCGGCAUCUCUAAUCUGGUCGCCCAGUAUCUGGCGAGCUCGCGGGAUGGAACACCCUUCCAAUUCGAUGUGACACGAUUUUUCCAAUUUAUCCUCUAUGCGUUCAUGGUGAGCCCAGGCAAUUUCGUCUGGCAACGAUGGUUAGAAACGAAGUUCCCCGCGUACGACCGCAAACUCCAUGGCGACAAAAAAGAAGAAUACAUCGACGACUACGUCACUGGCCAGAACACCAAGACCGUCAACAAAGGCGGCGAGAAGGCUCCCGCGAAGAAGAUUCCGAAUGAACUCGGUCAGCGUGAGAAGAACCAAAGUCUGAACCUGCAGAACACGUUCAUCAAAUUCGCUCUGGAUAGCACCGUCGGCACGUGUAUCAACACGGUUCUCUUCAUCGUCGGCUUCGCCCUGAUCCGCGGCUCCGAGAAGGAUUACAUCCAGGAUGAUGUGGCGGAGCAAUUUCUGCCCAUGUUCCUGGCCAAUUGCAAGGUCUGGCCUGCGGUCAACAUCAUCAGCUUCACGCUGGUCCCGCUUGAGCACCGCAUGCUGUUCAGUCAGAUGAUCAAUUUGGUCUGGGGAGUUUAUUUGAGCUUGAUUGCGGACGGUACGCAGAAGUUUUAG